AUAACAUAUUUUUUUAACGGCUGCUGAAGAUGUUCAUGCUUUUGGAGUUAUGAUUCUCAAGAUAAUGCAACUCUGGUUGUGUGGCGGGGCUUAGUAAUAUCUGUGAGUAUCGGCACGUCGCGAGAGCCCGAGUGGGCAUCAGGUGGUCGUCUGUGUUGCUCUGUCAAACAGGUGGUGGCGAUAUGGCUGUGUUUGCUGUUUUCCUCUUGCUGGCGCUGGCGGGGGCGCGAGCGUGCGAGGAACAGCAGCGUGGCACGCGAGGUGCACCGACGCCCACUCCAGCCACCUCCACAGAUGGGCCACCUACUCACACACCAGCCAUCGAUCUGUCCCCAGUCCCCCCGCUACGACUGCGGUAUGUGGCGAGACGUACGGAACCCUCGCUCUACAGAUAUGCCUUGCUGAAUGCAGCGAGAUUGCGGGACAGGGGCUUCGAGAGGCUGAGGGAAUGUUGUGAAGAAGAUCCAGAUGGUUUCUGUGUGUGUCCUGAUAAACUUUACGCUGAAGCAAUGCAGUACGAAGAAUAUGGUGCGGUAGAACGUUGGUUCGACGAGUGUCCUGAAGGUCGCCAUGAGUUGUGGCCUGACGGAAAUGGACCACUAGAUUAUUCUCUUCGCCGUCCACCAAUAAUUCCUUCGGUGUCGCAGGUUGACACGGAACAGCCAAAUAGCUAUGAUUGGUUGAAAUGCACAGAAGCAAUGCCGUUUGAAACACUCCCUGUCAGUCCCACCGUUACUCAUUUGUUCAGAGACAGACAGGCGCAGCCGAUUGUUAUACAGUCGUCUUCACGUCCUAUCUCUUCUGUAACAUGCAAACCAGAACCGGAAGACUUAUCAUUACAAAAAUGGACUCCGCAAUCUGUCAGCAAGUACACAAUGGAGAACGUACAAAUUGUGCCCUCAUCACGGUCGCCGCCUCCCGUUUCAGACAUACUGCCUGAGACCAGUCUGUAUGAAGGCAGUGAGCGUGUAAUGAGAAAUGCUAACCAGAACCAUAGCUAUCACAGUAUUUGGUCAGCGAGGGAAAUUGAUGCGGCACAAUCCCUGGUCUCCAUGUUAACUUCAGAGGUGACCAUACAAGUUGUCAACGUGGAGUCUGAUAAUGAACCUGUGCCUAUGGAUGAUGACAGCGACAUAUCUCAUGAAGCUAUGCAGGUUGAUGAUGGUAGUGACACAUCAGAUGAGUCUUUCGUAGAAGUCUGUAGCCUAGGGUCAUAUGUAGCUCAGGAAGGUACUGCUGAAAGCCUGUCGGACCAGUCAUCGGAGAUAGAAGUUGUGAACAUGACACCAGAUGAGUCUAUGGAUGUCAUGGACACCACUGAGCCAGACGAUUUGGAUUUGGGGAUGGAGAUAGACAGCAAUGUUCCAGACAUUGCUGCCGAAGUAGAGGUCGGCACGCCAAUGGAACAAGAGGAAGAAGCUGUUAUUCAACAACUGCAAGCAGAUGUGACAACGGAACAAGUCAGCAUCCUACAGCUGCCUGCUACACCUCCAGAGCCGCGACCAGCGCUUAGUGGACCGUGGCGUCCGCCAUCGCAGCCACCGCCUGACAUUUCCUUUCGUGAUUACCCUGGGACGCGAUACUCAAGAGACAGGGAACCUGUAAUAUAUUCCGCAGUUGGCUACCCAGGAAGCGAAAUUUUAGGCUCUUUCAACCAUUUAAAAUGGAUGCCACCGCCACCGAAAGACGUCAACAAGCAGCUGGACAGAAUAUUUGGCUUGCAGGAGGAGGAUAAAGAGGAAUUGGGCCUGAAGAUGCCCGAAUUAAACCACUGUUUGGGUGAACUGAAAUACGCUCUGUACGGGACAAACGUGCAACCUGUGUACGUGGUGUACGUGAGGUGUCGCCCGGAUCCUGACAAUUGCCUGCCACCCACAGUAUGCUCGCCAGUGUUCAGCUCUGUUACUGUGUCCAGGCGGAAGAACGUUCCCUUUCGGCAUCAAGUGUUCAAGCUCAUGGGAGACCCGCACGACGAGUGGGAACCUGCUGUUUUACAGGUGUCGACGGCCUGCUUCUGCUCUCGGCCAAUUUAUAACCCGGGAACAAUGACCUUAUUUGACAUACCACCAGCUACCUAAGAAAUAGUGAACUGGCUGGUGUUAAGAUAUGGUGUAAACUGUUACGGGAGUGGUGUUAAGACAGUUCUGUCUGUUUUAAAGAUUGAUGAUGUAUGUAUUGCUAAUAUAUUUUAUUAGAAAGUCUGUGCCACCAUUUUACGAGUACUGACGAUUCGUGUAAGGUUUCUGCUGAACUGCAUGUAAAAUAGAGAACGUAUUUAUUGAUUCAGCCUUAAUGUGGGAGUUAUGAAUUUAGUUUUAGCGGUGUGACAUGAUUAAAACUGUUAUGAAAUAUAAUUUAUGCACCGUUAUUUCGGAGAAUGUUUCAUACCUUGACUCUAAGAAAGUAUUUAGUUUGGUAACUUGUAAGUUCCUAUGGGACAAAACUGCUGAAGUAAUCGGUCCCUAGGCUUACACACUACUUAAAUAAAUUAAUGUGACGUGCACCAAGGACAGCACACGGGGGGAGGGGGGGCUGGGCAGCUGUGGCCAAAGUGCUUACUCUCCAGUUCAUAACUACCAAAUUCAUGUCUUCGCAGUCCUUCAAAGUUUUCCCAGCAGAACGUUUCUAUAGUUUUACUACACGACUACUGUCAAAAGGAAGACACGAUUCACUCCUUUUGAAGGGCAAACCUUUACAGGUAGGAUUUGUAGUCUUAAAACGAGCGGGUCUCGAAUGCCUUUUUGCCGAUCACCAUUUUAAGUAGCACACUGUCCCCUUCCAUCCCGACCACCUGAAGUUACGAAUAAAGGAAUGAUACUAGAAAGAAGUUUUGGUCCAUCCUUCCCUAGGACAGGUCGUGAUCCACCCCUAACAACCCUGUCUAUGUUUAAUGCACAGGUCUUGGUGUCAGUCGGUUAAUUAGUCCUCAUUCACAACCAGUCUCCCUCUGACCGCAAGUAUAAUCCAAAAGUUUUGGUACACCUCAUCAUUUGUAUAAUGAACUGAGGAGGAGUGAAAGUGUAAAAUGGUACGCUCAGUGGGUGACCAGAAUUUUUCAGGGAUCGUAUUGUCAGCUUGCGGUAGUUUAGCUGACACUAUCAGAUCAUUGUCACCUAGUAUUCCUAUUCAGCUACAUGCAGAGAAAGUGAUACAAAGAAGCCAUGCCGUCUCAAAAUCUCUAAGGGUAAAUAGCUUUGAGAGUAAGCGGAGGAAACUGCACUAUCGUACGCAGAUACAACAUGCUAACCUUAAUUUCUGUGUAUAAAGCACUUUGAAAAAUAUGCAUUAAAUGUGAGACUGAAACUAAUUUACUCUUUAAGUCGAUAAUAAGUUAAAACUGUGUAUUUGUUACUGGCGUAUCGUUCUACUAGUAUAGACUCUUUCUUUGUUUUUUUCAGACUUCUGAGCGUGUCUAUAGAAAAUUGCAGAGUUUAUUUUUCUGACAUACUGUCAAACUCCAAAUGAAAUCUGAGCUAAAAGGUUCUCCGCUAUCUAGCCAGGUGCGAUUCUUAGUCCUUAACGUGGCUUCAUCCAGUGUCACACAUACUCAUGGCAACAUGAUCGGUAGGGGCUGUUUCUAAACUUACAAAUAGUGCAACCUAUUGCAGUGACAUGUAACAGUAGUCCAAGUCUCUGAAUUGGAGAAGCAGCAUUGCAGCUUCUAGCUGUAGUGCAACGUAUAACGAAAAGUUACUUACGUACCCAGUUGUGCUUGUAUAACUUUUGAACUUCAGGUCGUUAAAUGUUUAUUGCACUCCAUUAAAUGACAUAUAAUCUUACGGUACACGCCAUUUAUCAGUUAUACAAUACGAUUAAAUACUAAAGUUACUACACCCUAUAAAAGUUUAGCUGAAACGUGCUUUUGGGGCGGAACAGGAUGGGGCAGAAUGGAAUAUUGUUCAGUGAUGAUAAACUAUUUUUUUAUGAAAUUAGAUUUUAAUCUUCCACCUAACUUCCCAGAUGGUGUGAGCUUAAGUACGAAAGUCUGAUAACAGAAAUCAGGUACCAAAUCAACGAUUUCAGCCAUUUUAUUCUGAAACGGGAGUUUCAAAGGCUUUUAAGAAGUUGAACAUACGUUAGAAAGAUACAUUCCUAAAGCUAAAAAUAAACCCAAUCACUGAGUUCAAUAAAUCAGUUGGAAAAUUAAAAAUGUAUCCACUGCAGUAGAAUACGACGAGCUGAUAACAUUCCUCAAGUCAACGGAGAACAGAAUUUACAGACAGGCGAUGAAACAUCCCGUUGUCAGUUCAUUAAACUAACGAGUAACAGAAAGAAAUGACUUGCCACACAGGAUUUGACAAACCUGGCUAGAUAGACAGAACCUGGCUAGAUAGACAGAAUUGGGCUAUAGGAUUUAUUACAAGCCAUCUUGAGUUGUCUGUUCCAAAGCCAAAAAUAACACAUGGUGCACA